UUGGCAUGUUACUUCUGGGACACCCUGUAUACGAGAGAUCAUUAUUAAAGAGAGAACUUCAAAACUGUGCUUUGUUAAACGAAAUGAGUGUACAAUUUGAGUCGACAAAUAUUCCAGUGUUAAUACUAGGUGACUCUGCCUUUUGCUUGUCAAGACAUAUUAUGAAGCCGUUUCCAUUUCAUCUUAACCACACCACUGCUCAAAAGGUAUUCAACUACCGAUUAUUAAAAUGUCGCAGAGUAAUAGAAAAUGUAUUCGGUCAUUUAAAAGCAAGAUUCCGCAGGAUUGGAAAAGGAAUUGACAAUGGUGUUCAAAAUACGAACUCAGUCAUUAAAGCAUGCUGCGCUUUACACAACUUUUUAGUGGAAGAAAAGGAUGAGUUAUUCACAAGUUGGUUUCAUGAGCAACGAAUUAAUGACCGAGAUAGAAAAUACCCAAACCAUUCUACGUAUCUAACGAAUAAUGGAAAUGAAGCCGAAGGAAUAAGGAACACUCUCAGUUUAUAUUUUGCACGCGCAUUUGAUGAGGACGGCAAAUCAGAUGGCAAUUCAGGUGACAACGGGGAGAGCAACGAGACCACAGAGGUCGAUGGCGAAGGUGUUGGCAGUGGCACAACCAUUGGGGCGUGGGUUGAUAUUUCUUGAGAAUUGCCUGAUAAUGUAAUGAAAGCUAAAUAAAAUAAGCCAUAUCACAAAUUAAAUAAAAAAAUGUGUAUUGAUUUUGAAUGCUCUCGUGCACGACAACGUCAACGUUGUUGAUUCUGUGGCCUCCGAUUAUUCUGUGCACUGGCCCCGUGCAGAUGCCACUGCGCCAGCGCACCUACUGAGGGCCCACUGGAUUCCUAGCAUUUUCUGCACAAAUACUGACACAUAUAUGCAUGUUUUUUAAUUGUUAUAUUCGGGGACAUAACAGUUAUAAGUUUUAUCGGAAAAACGUUGUUCCAUAACAGUUAUUAGAUGAGAAAUAUUUUUUAUUUCGCCGAUAAGAGUUAUAGCCCUACGUUUACUUUUUGCGUUGCGUGAGAACGAUUAUGCAGGAGAAAUAUAUUUUCCGUCGUCAAUAACAGUUAUUUCCCAACGUUUAUCUUUUACGAGAUAACAGGUAUUGUUGGUCCCUGUUUAUAUUCCAUGCAUUGAUGGGCAAACCUAAAUACUUUUGUACU